UCUUCUCUAAUAUGCAAAUGAGCUGUCAGAUGGAGCGCUCCCAUUGGCUGCGAGUCCGAGUCCAAUUCCUAUUUCAAACGUGACGUCAGGGCGGCUAUAAAACUCAGCAUUGCUUUUAUACUCGUCUGCUGGGCGAUCCUUUAAAACUCUACCACGCGCCCGGAGUGCUCUUUUUUCCAGCAAAAGCAACAAUUUGCUAGUCACAUGCACGUUAACCUCCUCAGCUUUACGCAAUUGUUGUAGAAAAAAAAGAAAGAAAGAGAAAGAAAAAAAGCGAAGCCAUGAAGUGUUAAAUGUUUCACAUUCAGACGCGCCGAGAUCCGCGUGCUGAGAGAGGAGAGACGGGAGAGACGACAAAACACCCCUAGAAGGCUGUUCAUUUAUAACACAAAUCCGCAGUCUUCUUCUCUUUUUUUACCUCUUCCUCUCUCGGUUUUGAAGAAUUAAAUAAAGAAAUCAAGCUGGCUCACACUGUCUCGAACCCGACCAGUCUGACAGCUGCUCUUCACCCCCUUUGGAGGACUGUCAACAGCAAAAGGAUGGCAUCAGAACUGGCAAUGAGCAACUCCGACCUGCCCACCAGUCCCCUGGCCAUGGAAUAUGUUAAUGACUUCGAUCUGAUGAAGUUUGAAGUGAAAAAGGAGCCGGUGGAGCCCGAUCGCAGCAUCAGCCAGUGCAGCCGCCCAGUCGCCGGGGGAUCCGUGUCUUCCACGCCGAUGAGCACGCCCUGCAGCUCGGUUCCCCCUUCCCCCAGCUUCUCGGCGCCCAGCCCGGGCUCCGGGAGCGAGCAGAAGGCGCACCUGGAGGACUUCUACUGGAUGACGGGCUACCAGCAGCAGCUCAACCCGGAGGCGCUGGGCUUCAGCCCCGAGGACGCCGUAGAGGCGCUGAUCAGCAGCAGCCACCAGCUGCAGACCUUCGAUGGCUAUGCCCGCGGGCAGCAGUUCGGCGGCGCGGCGGGACCUGGAGGUGCCGUGGCCGGCGAGGAGAUGGGCUCGGCGGCCGCGGUCGUUUCCGCCGUGAUCGCGGCUGCGGCGGCGCAGAACGGCGCGCCCCACCACCAUCACCAUCACCACCACCACCACGCGACGGGCCACCACCACCAUCACCACCAUCACAACGGCGCCACGGCGCCCGGCGUGCCCAGCGGCGGCGGAGGGGUCGGCGGCGGGGGCUCGACGGGGAGCCACCAGCACGCGCGCCUGGACGACCGCUUCUCCGACGAGCAGCUCGUGACCAUGUCAGUACGCGAGCUGAACCGGCAGCUGCGCGGCGUCAGCAAGGAGGAGGUGAUCCGGCUGAAGCAGAAGCGCAGGACGCUGAAGAACCGCGGCUACGCGCAGUCGUGCCGAUUCAAGCGCGUGCAGCAGCGGCACGUGCUGGAGGGCGAGAAGACGCAGCUGCUGCAGCAGGUGGAGCACCUCAAGCAGGAGAUCUCCAGGCUGGUCCGGGAGAGGGACGCCUACAAGGAGAAGUACGAGAAGCUCGUCGGGAACGGCUUCCGAGAAAACGGCUCGAGCAGCGACAACAACCCUUCCUCUCCGGAGUUUUUCAUGUCUUCGAGAAAAUUUCUGCACCUGUGAUAUGAUGUGUACUCCUGCUCUCCCCCCUGCAGUCUGAGGUCCUGUUACAAAGGAAUGCUUAUGGCUUAGAUUGACCCAUGGCACCAAGACCGCCACAAAGCACAACCUCUCCAAAGUCAAAGCCCUUAGAAAGAAGAACAAGACAGAAAAACC